AUGGCUACGCCGCCGAUGACCCCCGUUGCCUCUUCAGCGUUUGCGGACUGGGGUGCAGUGAGCCCCGGUUUUGUCGCCCGAACUACAAUAGACUUGAUGAGUGUUCGACGGAGGGCUUUGACCGAAACGCCAGCUUAUCCGGCGGGGAGGUGCAGUGAGGAUGUUGAGAGGGGAGCCAGAGUGAAUCUCGGCAGUGGAGCAUGGAGUGCGGUUGUUCGAGGGACGCUGGUGUCGGACGCCGGCAAGAGGACGGUCGCCAUCAAGAAACCUUGCCAUCCUGGCGCCGAUAAGGUCCUCAGGCAGGAGGCCGAGAUAUUGGCCUACAUCACUGCGGCUGCUCCGAGCGAGUCGAUUGUGAAAUUCUUCGGGUUUGAACCGGUGACUUCAGCGGUGGUGAUGGAAUACAUCCCUGGGACGACACUCGCAGACUACGCCCGGGACUCGAGGAGGAAGCGGGUGGAGCAGCGAACAGGCUUGACGAGCGCUGUGAAAUCCCAACCGGUGAUGGGCCUUCCGGAGUGGCUGGAUCUCUCAGUCCAACUGGUCGACACAUUCGUGCAUCUGAAGCGGAUCGGGGUUAUCCAUGGGGAUAUGACAUGGCACAACGUUCUGAUCAAGGAGAGCCGAACUGAGUCUGGAAGCCAGUUGACACCUAUUGUGAUCGACUUCUCGUCAGGACACCUGGACGUCGAGGGAUAUCUACCGGCCCCAGUGAGUGCCACUACUACUGCCUUCUGUUCCCCCGAGCUCCUCGAGGCCCAUAUCCGCCGCCCGAUCACCCCGCCACUGUCCCCGACGGAUAAGCCAGCACAGGAAGAUCACGGACCCCGCCCAACAUAUGCGAGUGAUCUCUACGGAUUGGCGAUGACCCUGCUCUCUGCAGCCAUCGGAACCGAGGUCUACGAAAACGCUGGCCGGCAUGGCGGGAUAUAUGCUCGUCAGGGACAGCCGUUGGAAUGGGUGAGGAACGGCGAUGCGUUUUUGAUGGUCGGAACGAGGACAGCUCUUUCCAAGUCGUUGAUGGGAUGUUUUGGACGUGUUGCCGAGAAACGGGUGGUGGUGGAAGAGCUCCGGGAUCGCCUGGUGAGCCAUAUGGAGGGUUCGGCAUGA